AGGGAUGUGUAUUUGCAUCUGACUUUUUACACGCCCUCUCUCACUCUGACGCAAAGUAGGAUACACUCUGCACGCUUUAGUUCAAUCGGGCUACACUGUCCCAGACUUGGUUGACUGACUUCUGACGCCCAACAAUGCAGACCAAGCUCCAGAAGUUUGAAAUCUUAUGUUUGCGCACGGGGCUGGCGGUGAGGGGUCUCAGGAGUGACAGCAAUAUGGAUCAGGCUACAAGUGUUGGUUUCUCUGCAUCCCUGUGGAAAGGCAUUUGAAGAGUGAGGAGACAUGAACAGCCUUGCUGCAGUGCCAGAGGAGAUCAUUUAGUCGUCCCAUUCUGGAUUUUAGCAAGAGCUCUUAAGGUGUACAACUGGAGUAUUAGUGAAGCUUAGAUCUGUUAUACUUUCUGUUACAGCUUUUCUUUCAAUAGCAUACUCUGUGUUUUGUUUUUCUACAACUCUUGGAUAAUCACCCACACUGCAGAGUCACUUUUGGAGACGUUGGAUCUGAAUUACGCACGGAUUUCCUCUAAUAAAUGACAGCUUCUGAGUGGUUUAUUGCUCCCUCACUUCAUCCCCUCAGCUCCCUGUAUCACACCGAUCCACCGUAUCAGUCCCCUCACCAGGUUAGACGCCGAGAGUGAAAGCCUCUCUAUCUCUUUUAGUGCGCCAGCGUGCGGCCGAGGGCCACCUGGCCGAGGAUGUGGGGAGGAGGUUUCCCGAUGUCUGUCACCGUGAUUGUGACUCUGCUACUGGUUAUUAUUGACGUGAAAGCCAGUGGGGAGUAUUGCCACGGCUGGCGCGACUCCCAGGGCGCGUGGAAAGAAGGGUUCCAGUGCCCGGAGAAGAUCGACGGAGAGGACUCGAUAAUCUGCUGCGGGAAAUGCGAGCUGCGCUACUGCUGCUCCAGCACGGAGGCACGGCUCGAUCAGGGGAGCUGCGAUAACGACCGGCAGGCUCAGGAGCCCGGGACAGAGAGCAAGGAGAACAAGGAUUCCGGUGCAGUGCCUAUCUAUGUGCCGUUCCUGAUUGUGGGCUCGGUGUUUGUAGCUUUCAUCCUGGUGGGCUCUGUGGUUGCUGUGUGCUGCUGCCGCUGCCUCCGGCCCAAACAGGAACUGUCAUCAGGAGGUGCAACAGGAGGAGGGGCUGGUGCUGGUCGUCUCUUGGAAACCAUCCCUAUGAUGGCCAGCGUGGGGACCUCCAGGGGUUCAUCGUCCCGGCAGUCCAGUACAGCAACCUCAUCCAGCUCCUCUGCCCCGCCUGCUGCACCCCGUCCUGCUCCUCCUCCACUCAUGCGGGCUCAGGCCUCCUGCUGCCUGCCUCCUGAUGCCAGCGUCUUCGUCAACAUGCCCACUAACUUCUCCGUACUCAAUUGCCAGCAGGCCACGCAAAUCAUGCCUCACCAGGGACAGUUUCUUCACCCGCAGUACAUCGGCUACGCCCACCCUGCCCAAGCCUUCCUGGACCCCACUCAGGGAGGAUACAGACCCCUCCAGUCCCCCUGCCCUCCUCCCAUUGGUGGCUCCAGUGUCACCAGUGAUCAGAAAUACCCUGCAGUGACUGUAUGAUAAGGGGCCAACCCGCAGACCACUCUGCCACUUUGUUGUGAAGUUUAACCUGUGAGGGCUGCGCCAGAGACCUUUAGGGGACGCUGCCAGAGUGGAAAAAUAGAAAGGCAGGGAGUCAGACUCACAAAGCCGUUGCUGGCUCAGGGCCUGCCUUGCUAUUGUGUGUGGUGUGUGUCUGUUUAGCGUGUCAUAUGAUCUCUUGGCAAGUUGGAAUGAGCUAAGCUCAGCCUAUGAUGGAUGCAUAAACAAUUUUCUGUCUUGAUGCAAAGACAAAACUGCAUAUAGGACUGUGUCUGUAUACAGUUGAGAUGGUUGAUCGUGCACAGCCCGCUGCAGCCUGCAGCUCAAAUAAAACUGUGUAUGUGUUUGUGUAUGCAUGUAUUUGCAUUUGAGAAUGAGAAAAAUAUUUGUUGGCCUAUAUGUGCUGGAAUGAGUGAUGACUGGAUGAUUUAUAGCAGUGAACUGUAUGAAAAGUGAAUAUUCAAGCAAAAAAAGUUAUGACCACAUGCUGUGUUUAUGCCAUGUGCACAUCUGCACUUGUGAAUGCUUGUGAGUGGUUUAUACAGUACAGUAUAUGUUUGUUUGUGUGAGGAAAGAAAGCAUGUGAAAAGAUGUUUGUACUGUAUGUGCGAGUUGGUGUGGAGUGGACGGAUGUGUGUAAUGGGAAAUGCAGGUGGUGUAAUGUGAAAGGCAGUCGCAAUCUCCCUGUAGACCAUUUAAACUCUAAUGAAGUGAACACAGGACAUAGACUGUGACGCUCCACCCUACUAUACAAUCCCCCUCCUGCCACCCAAAAAGAAAAAAGCACACAACCCCCCCCGCAAAAAAAAAAAACUGCCCUGAGCGGAAACACACAGACCGAAAUAAAAUUAAAAUAUUUAUGCAAGGCUUGCAGUUAAUGUACACGAGAAGUGUGUGUGUGACAGAGAAGGAGUGAGAGGCAGUUCUCUGAAGAUUACCAAGUUAAUUAUACAGCGAAAACUGCCCCCUUCACUUCUCUCCUGUGAGAGGUGUGUGUGUAUUUAACACUACCACAGUUCAGUGUGUAUGCUGAGGGCACAGGCAGCUCCAGGGCACCUUCGACUCAUUAUUUACCACUUAACAGCACAGAAGUGGUGUUUUUUGCUUAUUAAAAAAAAAAAAUUAGUCAAAUUUACUUUUUUCUGCGUACUGUUGUGCAGCUGGGUCCCUGGUAACUCAGUAACAUGCAACUUGAGGAAUGUGCUGCUCCACUGAGCGUGCAGCCUGAGAUGUCCCAAAGUACUGAAACUGGUAUGUUUGUGUGUACCUCAUCUGUACGCCCGAGCACAACGUCUAGUAAGAUAUGAUAGGCAGCUUGUGUGUCAAAAUAAGAGUAUCUGGAAAAGUAUGUAUGAAAAUUGGUCCAUAUUGAUGCAGGGGUAACAUUUUUCAUAUGAAUUCAAAAAAAAUAAAUAAAAAACAACUUUUAAAC